CACCGGGGCGGUCGGACCACCCGGAUAAAUAGAUCGGGUGCGCGUCCCCGUCACAGACCGCACAGACGCGCACGCGUGCACGAACAUGGGGAACCCCAGAGUCUUCUUUGACAUCACGAUCGAUGGAGGCAACGCGGGCCGAAUCAUCAUGGAGCUGCGGGCCGACGUCGUCCCAAAGACUGCAGAAAACUUCCGUGCCUUGUGCACCGGGGAGAAAGGGUUCGGCUACAAAGGCUCCACCUUCCACCGCCUCAUCCCCAAGUUCAUGUGCCAGGGCGGGGACUUCACCAACCACAACGGAACCGGCGGCAAGUCCAUCUACGGCGAGAAGUUCGCCGACGAGAACUUCCAGCUGAAGCACGCGGGCCCGGGGACGCUGUCCAUGGCCAACGCCGGGCCCAACACCAACGGCUCCCAGUUCUUCAUCUGCACCGACAAGACCGACUGGCUCGACAAGAAGCACGUGGUCUUCGGCAACGUGCUGGACGGCGCCGACGUCGUCAAGGCGAUGGAGAAGCAGGGCACGAAGAGCGGGACCCCGAAGGCCAAGGUCGUCAUCGCCGACUGCGGCGAGCUCAAGUGACACCAGUGUCUCCAGCAUCGUCCCCUUUAUUAGCCACGUCCAAACACCUGUGUGUCUCCAGCAUCGUCCCCUUUAUUAGCCACGUCCCAACACCUGUGUGUUUAUCCAGCAUCGUCCCCUUUUAUUAGCCACGUCCCAACACCUCUGUGUCUCCAGCAUCGUCCACUUUAUUAGCCACGUCCCUACACCUGUGUGUCUCCAGCAUCGUCCCCUUUAUUAGCCACGUCCAAACACCUGUGUGUCUCCAGCAUCGUCCCCUUUAUUAGCCACGUCCCAACACCUGUGUGUUUAUCCAGCAUCGUCCCCUUUUAUUAGCCACGUCCCAACACCUCUGUGUCUCCAGCAUCGUCCACUUUAUUAGCCACGUCCCUACACCUGUGUGUCUCCAGCAUCGUCCCCUUUAUUAGCCACGUCCCAACACCUGUGUGUCUCCAGCAUCGUCCCCUUUAUUAGCCACGUCCCAACACCUCUGUGUCUCCAGCAUCGUCCCCUUUAUUAGCCACGUCCCAACACCUGUGUGUUUAUCCAGCAUCGUCCCCUUUUAUUAGCCACGUCCCAACACCUGUGUGUCUCCAGCAUCGUCCCCUUUAUUAGCCACGUCCCAACACCUGUGUGUCUCCAGCAUCGUCCCCUUUAUUAGCCACGUCCCAACACCUGUGUGUCUCCAGCAUCGUCCACUUUAUUAGCCACGUCCCAACACCUGUGUGUCUCCAGCAUCGUCCCCUUUAUUAGCCACGUCCCAACACCUGUGUGUCUCCAGCAUCGUCCCCUUUAUUAGCCACGUCCCAACACCUGUGUGUCUCCAGCAUCGUCCACUUUAUUAGCCACGUCCCAACACCUGUGUGUCUCCAGCAUCGUCCCCUUUAUUAGCCACGUCCCCCGUGUGUGAUAUUUUGUCUUCUGACCCGUUUCUGGAUAAAAUAAUGUUAAUGGUGUAAAUAAAAGUACUUUGUUCGUC